CCUUCACGUCUGCGCGCCUCCUCCUGCUUGACCAAAUUUACCCCAAGUGCGUUUUCUGAUCUCCUCCGAGGCACCUGUAGAGGCGAAACAAGUUCCUAGCCCGGCGGAACAACAGCACACCUACUAGUAACAUCACGACACCCGACAUUUUCACGCGCCCCUCAUUACAACGACCACAAUGCCCUCCAAACACCCCCAAGCAAAGGGGAAAGCGAAAGGGAAAGGGAAAGCGAAAGGGCAGGGGAAAGGGAAACAAAAACACAACGGCAACGGGGGGCCACACAGAGCCGCCCGCAGUCCUUCUCUUACACCGGCACCCGUAGGCUCAACCCCUGCAACCCUUCCAAGUCCAGAUGGCCCGUUGAACCCCGGCGAUGAAGUCCCCGAGAUCUCGAUGGAUGGCCUGGCAAUCGACGACCCUGACGCGGCCGAAGCCCCGGCACCAAUUCCACCCAAGAAGAAGAAGAGGGAGCCGUUUCGAUUCUUGGAUCUGCCUGCGGAGCUGCGCAUCGAAGUGUACACGUACUUCGUGGCGGCCGACGAUGUCGUCGACCUCAACACGCAGAACCACAAGUACCUCCGCAAAAAGCUUUCGAUACUCAAAACUUGCAAAGCCAUACAUCGAGAAGCAACACAUGUGUUUUACAGCAUAAACACGUUCCGGAUCUUCCCCACGCAGGGCGGGCGUUACUUCAAAACCAAGAAACCGCUGCUCGCGCGUCUGAAGCCGCAUCAGCGUAGGUCCCUCAGCUCGCUGGAACUACGUCUCGGCCCGGGUUGGACGGACCCGCCACGUGGUUGGGUAGUGAAUCCGGCGCUGGGUCUCAGCGAUUGCGUUAAUGUGCAUAAAUUGACUGUCUUCGCCGAGAUCGAUCCCAGCGAGAGCUAUUAUGAGGGAUACCGCCGGGCUGACGGAUUCUACGAGGGAUUCUGUAGAGAUCUGUUGCGCAAUGUUUUGACGGAACUGUCAUCCCUGGACUGCGUUCACUUUGACGGAGGACCCGGCGUCAAGAAACGCGGCGCCAUGGUAGCGGGUCUUAUCCAGGUCGCGGAGGAAAUGGGCAAGGAGAUCCGUUGGGGCCCGGAAAGGGGCUGGACGGAUCAGGAGGAGGAGGAUGAUGCCCCAGCAGCCUUAGCGGAAGCGGCCUUAGCGGGUGCGGCGAUGCCGUAACAACAUGUAGGCUAUUGGCCCCGGAA